AGAGGUAUCGCCUGCAGAGUGACAGUUUUGAGGGUAUGUGGCUGCCGCUACAUGAACUGGUUGCACGUCUGAACGGUCACUUCAAGCGGGGUGCCAACAGCGACUUCAGGGUCUCCUUCGAUGGUGCACUACCACUGCAGGAAUACUUUGAGCUUGUGGACACACAUUUUAAUUUUCGCACCAACACUCUGAGGUGUAAAGAGAUACUCGCCCAGAGAGCUUCUCAGUUUCGUACCAUCCAGAAACGACUGUUGACAAGGUUCAAGGACAAAACUCCAGCUCCGCUGCUGAACCUGGACACCCUGCUAGAGGGAACCUACACUCAG